AUGGCCGAUGACAGUGAAUGGGUCCUGGAGAGCAUUGCGGGAUACCUAGGAAGUCCCGAAUGGAUGAUACCAGUCACCGAUUUUAUGGAAAACAAGUGCUCGGUGUUCGAUGAUGAAGAUGAAAAUAAACUGACCUAUACAGAAAUUCAUCAGCAAUACAAAGAACUGGUAGAGAAACUGCUUGAAAACUAUAUGCAAGAGGUCGGAAUUAAUGAGCAACAGUUUCUGGAAGCAUGCUCCUCCCCUUUCGCCAAGUCCAAAACAUUGCAGACUGUUUUCCAGCCCGUCCUGGCCACGGAUGACUUCCAAAUAUUCCGGUCCCUCAUGGUUCAGAAGAACAUGGAGCUGCAGCUGCAGGCCUUGCGUGUCAUAAAAGAGAGAAACGGUGCUCUUCCUGAGUGUCUCACGGACGGAGCCGAUAUGAUGAGUGAGCUGGAGCAGCAGGAGAUGAGGAUCCUACAGGAGGUCUUGAAGAGGUCAAAGGAGGAGUAUGACGAGGAGGUGGCCAGGAGGCUGCAGUUUGAGGAGGAAAUAGGGUGUACAUCCAGUGGCUCUUCUGCUGACAAAAAUGGCUUUGACUCUGAAGCUUCUGCCUCUGCCCAGUCUACCAGCUCUAUUGACAAUAUGUCAUCAAAGAAAACCGAGAAGCAAGAUCAGCUAAGGUCUGCUGAAAACGGUGAACCAAGUUCAGCCAAAACAAACACUGUAUCCUCUGACAAGCGUUCAUUAGGGAAGGACAGCGGCGAAAGGAAGACGCUUCCAGCCGUGACAGCUCCAGUCAAGGGCUCUGAGCCUCCAGCCACACUGAAGGAGAAGAGUGGCAGGCAGACAGUCGAGAGCUAUCUGGCUGAGGCGCAGAGGGAGGCUGGUAUCUCCAGACCCUUUAAUGAAUUGUCAGCGACAGAGCAAGAACAGCUGCAGGAAAGAGCGCGGUACCUGAGACAGCAGAGGGACAAACUGCAGGCCCUGAAAAAAGAGCAGAGACCCAAGCAACCUCCAGCCGAGGAGCCCACGGCUGCUCCAGCCCCCGCACCCACACCCACCACACAGGAAAUCUCAGUGGAAGAAAAAAAGAAGUUGCAGAAAAGGAAACACUUGGCAGAAAAACUAAAAGAGGAAGUCAUCAAGAAGUAA